AGCCAGACCGCUGCUUCAGUUGCCGGUCUGUUACACCGCUUGGCCACCGCUCUUCUCAGUGGUGUGGUGCGUGCUGGAGACCGAGUGCACGGCGUCCCGCGUUGAAACAAGACAGUGACUUGAACAGCGAGCGGUGAUACACGCCUAACAGAAAGCGUUACCACCAUGUCUGCCACCAGUCCGAAGAAGGCAAAGCUCGACGACGACCGCGACUACGAUGCCGAGACGCAGAAAGCCCUCGAGGAGAUAGACGCUUGCCAGAGCGAGAUCGACUCUCUGAACGAAAAGGCGUCCGAGGAAAUUCUCAAAGUCGAACAGAAGUACAACCAAGAGCGGAAGCCGUUCUUUGACAAGCGAAAUGAGCUCAUCGCGAAAAUUCCUAAUUUUUGGGAAACAGCGUUUGUCAAUCAUCCGCAGCUAUCGGCGAUCCUGGAUGAGGAGGAAGAGGAGUGCCUGAAGCAUCUCAAGAAACUCGAAGUUGAAGAGUUCGAUGACAUCAAAUCAGGAUACAGGAUCAAGUUCCACUUUGAAGAGAACCCUUUCUUCGAAAACAACGUCCUCGUUAAGGAGUUCCAUCUCGCCACUCCCGGGGACCCGUCGUCGAAGUCGACUCCCAUCAAGUGGAAACCAGACAUGGAUCUGACCGCUAAGCAUAAGGAGGCCGCCAAGAACAAUGGAUCUGGUGGUCGCAGACGCCGUUUCGAUCAAUCACGAUCCUUCUUCUCUUGGUUUACUGACCACGGAGAUGCGUCAGCAGACGACAUUGCCGAAGUGAUCAAAGACGACAUGUGGCCCAAUCCCCUCCAGUACUUCCUCGUCCCAGACAUUGAAGUCGAGAACGGGAUGGAGGAAGAGUCCGAGGGCGAGGAAGAAGAAUCGGAAGGUGACGAUGAGGCCGUCGUUGUCGUUGAGGAAGAAGAAGGCAGUGAAGUCGAGAACGAGGAUUGAGCAUAAGUAAGGCAUUGAGGAAACCAAACCGAACGACUCCCGGAUCCCUCGACCGGACCGUCGUCGUUGUGGCUUGAUCCUUCAAUCGAGGCGUGUGGCAACGUCUGGCACCAGUCUGUGGAACUGCGGAUGGGGAUCUCCCCCAUUGAGUUGCAGGAAGCUUCUUUCUUUUCUUUUAACAACAAUUUAUUUAUGCGGGAUCAUAUUGUGAAUAAAUCAGUUUGUAUAACUUCUCGCCCGUGUGGAUGAAGUAGCCUGAAUUCAGAGGAACAAAGACGAAGGGGGAAACUGCACUGUACAAUACGCCUGCGGGUUAUGAUUAAAAGCCACUUGAUUGUCCACAAUAAAAUCUUUU